AUGGCUGUCGAGCGCAUCGGUUCCAUCAUCAAGCACCUGGCCCCGGGGUCGGCCAUCAAUCAGAUCCAGUCCAAAAAUCCUGAUGAUAUUGUCAUCACUCUCGCGGUCCGAACACCGCUCACCAAGGCACGCAAGGGUGGUUUCAAGGAUACGAGCCUUGAGUAUAUGAUAUACGCUCUUCUGAAGCAAGUUCGCGAGCGCAGCAACCUUGACCCUGCUCUCGUUGAAGACGUCUGCUUCGGCAAUGUCUCCGAUGGUAAAGCCGCCUACAAGCUUCGUGCCGCAGCUCUUGCCGCCGGCUUCCCCAAUACCGCCGGUGCGAGCACUGUCAACCGAUUCUGCUCCUCUGGAUUGAAAGCAAUUGCCGAUAUUGCACACGCCAUCUCGAACAACUCGAUUGAGAUUGGUAUUGCCGGUGGUGCUGAGCUCAUGUCUGCCCCAGGCGAUCGUCUCGAGCAGCCAUUCGACGAGACCAUCCUCAAGGCAAGCCAGGAUGCAGCCGACUGCAUGCAGCCCAUGGGCUGGACCAGCGAGAAUGUCGGUCGCGACUUCAAUAUCCCCAGAGAGGAGCUGGACAAGUAUGCCGCCGAGAGUUUCCAGCGAGCCGAGAAGGCCCAGAAGGCUGGCUGGUUCGACCCGCGGCCCCCCCCACCCCCGCCGAUUGGUAUUGCCGGUGGUGCUGAGCUCAUGUCUGCCCCAGGCGAUCGUCUCGAGCAGCCAUUCGACGAGACCAUCCUCAAGGCAAGCCAGGAUGCAGCCGACUGCAUGCAGCCCAUGGGCUGGACCAGCGAGAAUGUCGGUCGCGACUUCAAUAUCCCCAGAGAGGAGCUGGACAAGUAUGCCGCCGAGAGUUUCCAGCGAGCCGAGAAGGCCCAGAAGGCUGGCUGGUUCGACGACGAGAUUGUUCCCAUUUCAACCAAAGUCAAAGGUCCCGACGGCGAGGUGAAGGAGGUGACCCUGACCAAGGAUGAGGGUAUCCGACCAGGUACCACCGCAGAAGGCCUCGGAAAGGUUCGAGCUGCUUUCCCUCAGUGGGGACCUCUGACUACUGGCGGCAACGCCAGUCAGGUCACCGACGGAGCUUCUGCCGUGAUCCUGAUGAAGCGAUCAACUGCUGUUAAGCUCGGCCAGCCCAUCCUGGGCAAGUACGUCGGUUCUACCAUCGCCGGCCUUGCGCCCCGCAUCAUGGGCAUCGGACCAAGCAUUGCUAUUCCCAAGCUGCUUACUAUUCACAACAUCGCUCUCGCUGAUAUUGAUGUAGUCGAGCUUAACGAGGCCUUUGCUACCAUGGCCGUCUACUGCCGUGACAAGCUGUCCCUUGACUGGACAAAGAUGAACCCUCGUGGUGGUGCUAUUGCUCUCGGCCACCCUCUGGGCACGACUGGCGCCAGACAAGUCGUGACUGGACUGAGUGAAUUGAGACGCCAAAAGAAGAAGAUUCUCCUUACUUCCAUGUGCAUUGGUACCGGUCAGGGCAUGGCUGGUCUGUUCGUUAACGAGGUCGUAUGA